ACAAUCCAAAAAAAAUGGAGGGCAUAGUAUUAGUAUAGAUGAUAGAGAAAGCGAAGAAGACUGGUACCAUAAGAGAGAUGGAGUAAUUUAUUUUCUUGUGCCAUUAAAUGACUCUAUCGGUGUAUACCAAGUUAGGCACCUUCCCUUGAAUAACAAGAGCAUAAACCACAAUAAUGUUAAAAAAUAAAGUCUCUCCCUUUCCUCAACUGUACCCAUCAAUGCUUAUGUCCAUCCCUCUCCCUUUGCACAUAAGCUUUAUCUCUGUAUUUAAAUUUAACUCAUCAUCUGCACUGCAUGCAAGUUUUAUGCUUUUCUUGAUAUCCAUCCCCCAAAUCUUCUUCUCAUGCGUUUUUUACUUUCUUGAUUUGGCAAUUCUCAUGAGCUGAUGAUUUUGUGAGAGAUCUUUCUUUUUUAUGGUUGCCGACACGAAAGCAAGAAGCUACAACUCAACUUUUGUUUGGUGAGAAAAAUCUGAGUUAGCGAACCAAGAAUAUCUUAAUUCCUUUUGAAACAAGGAGUUGGUUUGAUUGGUAACGCCCAAGUUGGUCUCUCUCUUUCUUUUCCUUUUUCAAAUCCAAGUUGAUUUCUUUGUUCUUUUUGAUCCUAUAACCAAUAUAUAUAAAUCUAUAGUGGAUUGCAUAACCACCAGCAAAAUACUUCCUAGACAUUGUUCCAUUGCCUUUGGUUUUGUUUUAAUUUCUUGGAGUGGACUGAGAAAAAUGGUGGGAAGCAUUGAGGCCAAGAGCCUGCAAUCAAACGGGUCUGUUCAUCAUAAUGGUCUUAAUUUGGAGGAGAAACUUGAUGAGUUCCGUCGUCUUUUGGGGAAAUCAGACAAGGAUCCACUUAGGAUUGUAAGUGUUGGUGCUGGUGCUUGGGGAAGUGUUUUUGCAGCACUUCUACAAGAAAGCUAUGGAAGUUUCAGGGAUAAGUUCCAGAUUAGGAUUUGGAGAAGAGCUGGGAGAGCUGUUGAUAGAGCAACUGCAGAACAUUUGUUUGAAGUGAUCAAUUCAAGGGAAGAUAUCUUGAGGAGACUGAUAAGACGUUGCGCUUAUCUGAAAUAUGUCGAGGCAAGGCUCGGUGAUAGGACACUCUAUGCGGAUGAGAUAUUGAAAGACGGGUUCUGUCUUAACAUGGUUGACACUCCACUUUGCCCUCUAAAGGUUGUGACAAAUCUGCAAGAAGCUGUGUGGGAUGCUGAUAUUGUUGUUAAUGGAUUGCCUUCAACUGAAACACGUGAAGUGUUUGAAGAGAUUAGUAAGUACUGGAAAGAGAGAAUCACGGUUCCAAUCAUUAUCUCUUUGUCAAAGGGUAUUGAAACUUCUCUUGAACCAGUUCCACAUAUCAUAACUCCAACAAAGAUGAUCCAUCAAGCAACUGGUGUGCAUAUUGACAAUGUACUGUAUCUUGGUGGCCCGAACAUUGCUGCUGAGAUAUACAACAAGGAAUAUGCCAAUGCUAGAAUAUGUGGAGCUGAAAAAUGGAGGAAACCACUAGCAAAGUUCUUAAGACAACCUCAUUUCAUUGUUUGGGACAAUAGUGAUCUUGUGACACAUGAAGUAAUGGGAGGCCUCAAGAAUGUCUACGCCAUUGGAGCUGGUAUGGUAGCAGCGCUUACUAAAGAGAGUGCUACAAGCAAAUCGGUGUAUUUUGCUCAUUGUACAUCUGAGAUGAUAUUUAUAACUCAUUUACUAGCACAAGAGCCUGAGAAACUUGCAGGGCCUUUGCUAGCUGACACUUAUGUGACCUUAUUAAAAGGGCGUAAUGCGUGGUACGGUCAAAUGCUGGCAAAGGGGGAAAUAAAUAGAGACAUGGGUGAUAGUAUAAGCGGCAAGGGAAUGAUUCAGGGUGUUUCUGCAGUUGGAGCCUUUUACCAAUUGCUUAGUCAGUCAAGCUUAAGCAUAUUGACGUCUGAAGAGAAGAAACCUAUAGCCCCAGUCGAAUCAUGUCCUAUUUUGAAGACACUCUAUAAGAUACUCAUCACAAGAGAACAAUCAACACAAGCUAUUCUUCAAGCGUUAAGGGACGAAACAUUGAACGAUCCUAGAGACCGUAUCGAGAUUGCUCAGAGCCAUGCAUUCUACAGGCCUUCCCUUCUUGGUCAGCCUUGAUUACUCAAUGUCAAUGUAUAAUCCAAAUUUGUUGAAUCUUAUUACGCAGACAUACGACAUAAAUUACUUGUGCCAGCUGCAGAUGGUUCAUUGAAACAUUAUAGCUUUAAUGAGAGGGAUAGUUCCACA